AUGGAUUCGGAAACGCCUGACGACCGUCCGCAUCAACGCCCGCACACUAAUCCCCAAGGAACCAGAUGGGACGCAACCCAAAUGAGCCAACUGCUGGCUCAGACGGUGCAAAUUCAACAGCAAAUCCUACAAGCCCAGUCACGCCCCAGACGGACACGGAAGAAAUUGGAUUUCCCGCGCCACGAGGGUAGUAUCGACGACGACCUUGAGUUGUGGAUCUUCAGCACUGAGCGGUAUUAUGCUGAGUUCCAAGCAGAAAUGCAUGAGAAUUCGUUGAGUUUCAAGGACAGGAUAUUCGCUAAUCUUGGCGUUGAUGCGCAAGCCUGGUACAGAUAUGUCAAGAUUUCGCAUGGGACAAGCCCCCUAACUUGGCAAGUCUUCAAGGAGCAUAUCCGCUCACGCGUAUCGUGA